GCUGGCACUACUGGCAGCUGACCACGUACCGAAUUGCUUGGCUUUGCAUCUUCUGCAAGAUCUGAUUCUCGUAAAAUAGUUUACGAAAUAAACAAUAACCAUGGCUGCCCGACGAUCUCUUAAGGCUAUCAACUGGGCUGGUUUGAUCGAGCGCAUCCCCGAGGCCGAGAAAAACUCUUUGGCCGCCUUCAAAGCCAAAUCUGACCAGUAUUUCAGAAAGGUCCAAGAUUUCCCAGAACAACCACCAAAAAUUGACUGGACUUUCUACAAGAACCGUGUUGCUGUACCUGGUUUAGUCGAUAAGUUUCAAAAAGAAUACGAAUCUUUGAAAAUUGACUACCCAGCAGAUAAGUACACAUCCCAAGUUGAAGCUCAAGAGAAAGAAAGCAUUGCUGCUGUUCAUAAAUUCAUAGAAGAGUCCAAUCAGAGAAUUCAAAAAUAUUCAGCUGAAAUUGAAAAACUGCAGGGUCUUCUUAAAUACAGUGAGAUGACAAUGGAAGAUUUUGCUCAUGCUCACCCAGAUAUUGCUCUCGACCCCAUCAAUAGACCAACUAUCUACCCACACACACCAGAUGUUCAACCUGGUGCAGAUGAUGAAGCUAAACCAGCUCAUCACUAGAAGUAAAUCAAGCAAAUUGUUAUGUUUUUUGUAGUGAACAAAAGCUCUACUGUUUCUGUUAAAAAAAAUUACAGAAACAUUAAUUGAACUGGAAGAAUAAAUUUAUCAUUUUAAUCGAUACAGAAGGUUUGUAAUUGAUUCAAUAUUAAUUCCAACUUUUGAUCAUUCUUCUUUCAAAUAAAAAGUAUUCAAAGAAAAAACUCUAGGUACUUAGUUGUUACAUUAAACAAACAAUCAAUUUGAAAAAUGAUUGAUUCAAAAAUAUGUGUGCAUCGCUCUUACAAUAAAUCAGUAAAUUUCUGUUGAAAAGUACAUUUGUUGCAUUGUAUGUGAUAUUUGAUUGUAAAUAAACUUGAUUCAAGCUCA